AUGGGAUGCUGUGACUCUAGAGAAGAGCAGUCAAAAAUAGAUAGCAGAAAGAAAUCAAUGCUACGGGAGCCGCAGUUUAUCAAGAGAAGAACAAGAAAGCAUAAAACACUGUCUGGAGACCAACUUACAAAUAGACCCUUGAAUGGAAGAUAUAUAGACACCCAAUGCUCUACUCUAGAUAUAGACCCAAUUGCCAUAAGGGCAGCUACUCCAUCAGUAAAUAAACACAUCAGCUAUGAGCCCAAUCGAGCACAAACUCCAUCUCUUCAUAUAAGAAGAAAUAACAGAAGACGGACAACAGUUGCCAGUCGUGGCUCUUUUGUGAUUAGCGUCCCACAAGCAAUCCGUGUUAAUUAUGAAACUGUGAAAACUCUUUUUCAUGGCGAAUUAGGCGAAAUCAUUUUGGCAAAAGACAAAAGGACAGGCUUACUAAGAGUCACUAAAGAAAUCAAGAAGAAGUUUCUAAAAGACACUUCAGUGAGCCAAUUCCUAAAAGAAGUCGAAAGCCUCAAAGAGCUUGUAAAAUCCAUUUAGGAUCACCCAAAUACAAUAAAGAUGUAUGAAAUCAUUGACUCAGAAGAUAGCUACUACUUUGUGCUAGAGUAUCUUAUGGGUGGGAAUCUUGCAAGCAAGUUCUCAUUUGGGUACAUUACUGAACAAGAAGCAGGUUAUUAUAUAAGAAGUAUUGUAGAAGCUGUAAUUUAUUGCCACAACUCUGGAAUUAUUCAUAAGAAUAUAAGACCAGAGAAUAUCCUUUUUGAAUCAAAAACAGAUGAUGAAGUAUUGAAGCUGACUGGAUUUGAGUUCGACUGGAAGAUCCCCAGAGGCUAUUUGAAAGGGGAGCUCGUAAAGAAUAUUUAGGUAGAAUAUUUGGCUCCUGAAAUCAUAAAUGGAUCUGGAGCAACUAGGGCAAGCGAUAUAUGAAGCAUUGGGGUACUUCUAUAUCGAAUGAUAUUCGGAAAAGUGCCAUUCUCUGGAGUAGAUUCAGAUGACGUAUAUAAGAGUAUGGAAUAUGGCUUGAUUCUUAACCAAGAUAUCUUAACGCUAUAUUCAGAACACAUACGAGAUUUGUUGAAAAAAAUACUUAUUUUUGAUCCAAAUAAAAGAAUUUCUGCAAUCGAAAUUCUUACUACUCUUUAGUAAUGAGGAAACCAUUAAAAAUAAUGGCUAUUUUUACUAGUAAAACAAUUUUUUAAUAUAUAAAAACUUUAUUUAAAUAAUUAUUUACAUUUAACGAUGAUUGAGGGCUAAUUCUAUUAAAUUUAUUUAACGAAAAAAAAAAUUACUUGCUAAACAUGGAGGGAGUUAAUCAUCCUUGAAUUAAGGAGUUUGGAUAUCAAAAAGAGUCCUCAUUUAAAUAUAACUAUCAGCAAAUAGCAAGAAUCCCUCAGUUUUAUGUGAGAAUUAUAUAGAAUCGUAAUGAAAUCGAAAAAGCUGUCUUAAUUUUCACAAAUUCUCAAAUCCCUAAUGCUAAUGAAGAAAGAGACUAUAUCAAACUCUUUAAAAGGCUUAACAAAGACCACAGCGGCUUUAUACACAAAAACGAUCUUAUGGAUUUUAUAAGACGCACUAAACCUAAGCACUAUAAAGAAAUUGACUAUGAUCUUCAACAAAUGGAUCUUCUAGAUGAAACUCAAAUUAAAUUCUCAGAGCUGGAAACUGCAAUGACAGACUGAAAUUUACAGGUACACAAGGAUAGGGUAACUACUGCUCUAAAAAUUUGCCUAAAAAAUGACAAAAACUACUUGAGCUUAUAUAACGUGAUCCAAAGAAUGCCAAGCGUGGAUUCAGAAAAAUGGGCAAGAUUGUUCAAAAACGUCGACAAAAAUGGAGACGGCAAAUUGUCAAUUGAAGAAUUCAUUAGCUGUUUAGCAAGAGUGAAGAGCACUCAUAGGAAAAAUUAA